AUGACAGGCUGUUCGCAGGCCAGAAUCAUUGCAUUUAAGGCUUUCGUCUCCAAAGGAUCCGAGGAUGUCAGUACCGAUGGCCGAUACAUGUGCCUAUUGCAUGAUCCUCCAAUGAUGCCACUAAUCGAUCACAUUGCCAGGCACCAGGAGCAGUGGAGCACCUGCAAUGUGAAAUCAAAUGAGACCGAGGCUAAAUUGGGUAAGAUAGAAGCCCAGCUAAUCGCGGUAAAAAUGAAGUCAGAAGAACAACUGCAAGCUCUUCUUACAACGAUUGAAAGCCAACAAAGUGCCGUCAUGGAAACCCUUCUGCAAAUCAACAGGAAAAUCAUGUUCCUAAGGUUCGACAGGGUCGACUCAAGACUCUUUUACAUCGAGCAUAACCUUGGACAAAAUUGGACCAGUGCUUUAAACUCCUGUAAUGGGAUGGGAGGCCAUCUGGCCUCUUUUAAAAGUGAAGAAGAAUUUAAGGACAUCAGUGCGAAACUGAAUAAGGAUACUUCUUAUAGGCUGGGCAUCAACGAUUUCGCCGAAAAGGGCCUUUUUAUAUCUGUCUCCUCUGGAAAGACAGCUCCUUUCUUGAAGUGGAAGCCGGGUGAACCCAAAUAUAACCACAUUGACCAGCAUUGCGUAACUAUGCAUUACGGGGGCAUGUGGGUUGACAGUUGUAGCAGUAACAUAAAUUUCAUUUGCGAGGCAGACGAUAAUUAA